AUGGCUACCCUCAUAGUUCCAGAACAUCCUUCUUCUAUUGAAGAUGCUGAAAGUAUCAAGAAGGCUUGUCAAGGAUGGGGAAGAGACAAGGCAGCAAUAAUAUCAAUACUAGGGCACCGAAAUGCAUUUCAAAGAAAGCUAAUAAGACUAGCUUAUGAAGAGAUAUACAGAGAGGACCUCACCGAGCUGCUUAAAUCUGAAGUUCCUGCCCACUUUGAGACCGCUCUGAGCCAUUGGAUUUUGGACCCUGCCGAUAGAGAUGCUGUGCUCGCAAAUGAGGCACUGAAGAAGGCAAUACCUCGGUACAGAGUCAUCGUGGAAUUGGCAUGUAUCAGAUCCUCAGAUGAGCUGCUGGCAGUGAAACGUGCUUACCAGAUUCGUUUCAGGCAUUCCCUGGAGGAAGAUGUUGCCUCUCACACUGACGGCAACAUGCGAAGACUUCUGGUUGCGAUGGUGAGCCCUUACAGGUACGAUGGGGACGAGAUUGACGAGGAAUUGGCUUAUUCAGAAGCCAGUAUUCUUAAGAAUGAGAUGCGGGAGAAAUCUUCCAGCCCUGAAGAGAUGAUAAGAAUCCUCUGUACAAGGAGAAGGGCACAUGCUGCACAGCUCAUUGCCGGCCAUGAAGAAACCAUCAGAAUCCUUUGUACAAGGAGCAGGUCACAGCUCAUUGCAACCUUCAACCAUUACCAAGACACUGUUGGUUCAUCCAUCACCAAGAGAUUGAGGGGUCAUCCUGCCGAUGAGUUCUUAGCAUCAUUGCGUAUUGCCACUCGAUGCAUAAAGAACCCAUUGAAAUACUUUGCAAAGGUGCUGCACAGUGCGAUUAACCAGCCCAGAGCUGAUGAAGACACUCUCAGCCGUGUGAUCGUCACCCGUGCAGAGAAGGACUUGAAAAAGAUUAAGGAACUAUAUCUCAAGAGAAAUAAAGUCUCUCUUGAAGAUGCAAUAGCUAAGGACACAUCAAGAGAUUUAAAAGAAUUCCUCUUGGAAAUACUUGGGAGUGAAUCCACUGUGUAUUCAAUGGGCAAUACAACAGCUAAACGUGCUACUUCUACAGCCAAUCGUGUGUCAAGUGAUGAAUAA